UGCACGUGCAACGGCUGAAAAAAUAGUUGACGAUUCCGUCCCUGUCUGCUCAGUCCUGAUGACAACGACCCUGUAAGCGACUCAUUCUCCCUGCAUACAGCCCGACGAGUUCAACCCUACGUGUCGCUCAAGUCCAGGCAACGUCAAUUCCCGUCCAGGGAUCCAUCUAGGCGCGGUUCUGAUUUUUAGGUGUGAGCGCGACGUCCCGGUCGCGGACAUAUGAUAGGCGCUUUUUACGGGCUCGCCACGCCGCAUACAAUGGCUCCUUUGCUGGCACCUGCUCUGAAAGUCCCAAAGGGAGCACGUUGUUUACACGCCAAACAUCGGCUGAAAGACGACAAAGGCGGGUGGACAAUGGGAUUGUGAUGCGACUUGGUCGACGAUGGGGCCUUUCUGCGAGCUGGUUGCGUGUAGAGUCGAGGACAGAGGCGGCUUUGUCGUUUCUCGUCGAUAUAAGCCUACGAUGAGGCGUUGACGAGGAGCAACGACCCAGCCGCCACCGCUUCCUCAAAAAACCCUAACCAAUGACGCAAGCGCACUGCGAAUCCCACGUGCGAUGGACAGCACCGUUCCAGGCUGCGACUCAGAUCGACUGCCGGCUGCCAGAUUACUGGCACUCCGACCACCACGCGGUGUUGAUCAACCGGCCUGCGGACUGGAAGACGAGGGGCUACUCCUCUAUCUCCUUUCGUUCCAGCGGCGCCGGCUCGUGUUCUCUCGGUGUCGCAUUGCUUAAUCUGGAGAACGGACUGGGAACCGCGCAUGGCGAGCAGUGCGCUGCGGAGUGCUUGCCCGCCGGGCUCGUCGCCGAAAGAACAGUGAAGCUGAUGAUCGAGUGGCCCGGGUAUCGCGCACGACUCUAUCCGCUCGAUAUGGCAGACGCAUCGACUGGCCGCUAUAUGACUCGCCGCCAACUUGGAGAACAGAUCACCCGUUUGUGGAAGGACUUCGCGAACCGCAACCGCCACGAGACACCCAGCUCCCAGCAACUUCACCUCGCGCUCAACACGAACGGGGUCAUUUACGACCAAGUUCGGCUGGUGGAACUGUUCACGGACGACGGAACCCUCUUUCGUCUGGAUCAGCGGCCGGGUCGCCGGCGCGAGCAGGCUCGUCGCAAGUCCGGACUCCCAGGCGACAUUCCAGGGCAGCGGUUCGUACGUCGUGUUCGACUGGGGAAGGAGCUUGGGGGGAUCCUGUCGCUGACGAUCAACAACGCGACGGCCCAGUCGCAGUUCUCACUGUCGUUCACCGAGUCCGCGGAGUUCAUCAGCCCGCUCAAGUUGGACGACUCGUGCCAGCCCGCACGGCUGCAGAACUGGGACAGAAUCCAGACGUUCCACGUGCCGCGAGCCACGGGGCUGCUGACGCAGACCGUGGGACAGCAGCGCGGCGGGUUCCGCUUCCUGACGAUUGUGAGUGCGAGCGCGGACCCGCUGACGAUCUCGAACAUCUCGCUGGCGAUCACGUUCAUGCCCCACUGGGAUGAUCUCAGGGCGUACCCGGGCUACUUCUUUGCACCUGACCCCGGGUUCCACGACAUCGACUGCCUCACGAAGAUCUGGCACUAUAGGGUGCAGACCAACACAAUCCCUCCCCACACGGCGCGACAGGAGCCGUGCCCAGCAGGAGGUGGCUGGUCCAACGAUGCCUUGGGAGGAGCUGCCACUGGGCCUAUCCUCGUCGAUGGUGCAAAACGCGACAGGAACAUCUGGCCAGGCGACUGCGGCAUCUCCACACACACGGAGCUCGUCGCGCUGAGCGACAUGGAGCCGACCAAGAACUCGUUGAUGGUGAUGUUCCGCACGCAAAACCUGACGACUGGCGCGCUGCAGUACUCCGGGCCGCCGCUGAACAACCAGGGAAGCGACACGUACAUCUCGUGGUCGCUCAUUGGGACGCACAACUACUUCCUGUACACGGGCGACCUCGAUUUCAUCAAGUCUGUCUGGGCGAACUACACCAAGGCGGUUGGCUUCCUUGAGGGCCAGGUGGACUUGACCGGCCUGAUGAACGUCUCGUCUGCGCUCUCGAACGACUGGGGCAGGGCCAGCGGCGCCGGACACAACUCUGCGGCAAACGCGUUGCUUUAUCGCACGCUCGUCACCACGGCGGACCUGGCGACGCAUCUCGGCAAUGUCUCCCUCCCCGCCACAUACCUCGCCAACGCGACCAAGAUCAAAACUGCGUUCAACAGCCUGCUGUGGGACGCCGCGGCGGGCCGGUUCCGCAGCAACGACCUGCCGAGGAGCAUCCACCCGCAGGACGGCAACGCGCUCGCGGUCCUGUACAACCUCACGACAUCGGACGCACAGAACAAGGCCGUGAGCGCCGGGCUGAUGAAGUUCUGGACGCCCAUCAGGCCGUGGCUUCGAGCGCAUUUUGUGGCCGGCAAGGGCGAGCGGGCAAUUGAUCUGAUCGAGCGCGAGUGGGGGUACAUGCUGGAAACCAACUUGAGUGUCAAGUCGCCGCUGCUAGAGGGCUUCUCGGCCAACGGAUCGCUCGGUCGGCUACCUGGGGUCUUGAUCAUUGCGUCAAUCAUCUGA